GUUAACCAAAUCAUGUUUUCUGUUACUUCCAAGCCUAGGGAAGGUAUAUGCAAUUAACUCAUAUGCUAAAAAAAAAAAAAAAAAAAAAUCUGACAGCCAGUGCUGAGGAGUGUGUAUAUAAAUGGAGUAGCAAGAGAAACGGACGAUUUUGAGCUUUAAAGAUUUGUCCGUACGAAGACUCAUCAAACUCUUAGCCAGAGACUGAGAUCUCUAGGCUGUUGCUGGUGUUGGUGUGUACGAUUCUUCGGUUCACCCGAGAAUCAUCACCGUUCGAUUUCGUCGAUCUGAUCGCAUUUUUGACCAGAUCCAUUUCUCGAACAUUCAUAAACGCCUCUGAUUUCAUCAGAAUUCAACAAUUUAAAAGCCUUUUUGCAAACCAAAGAAAUUAAGAAAGAUAUGGAUAUCAGUAAUCGGCAUUCAGAAUUGUCCUAUGAGGAGUGGAUGGCACUCCCUGUUUCCAGUUCACGACCAUCAGCCCGAUACAAGCAUGCUGCUGCGGUGGUUGGUGAGAAACUAUACAUUGUUGGAGGGAGCCGUAAUGGUCGAUAUCUAUCUGAUGUUCAGGUUUUUGAUCUUAGAAGUUGUGCAUGGUCCAAUCUAAAACUCAAAACCGAGUUAAAUGCUGAGAAGACUGAAGACAGUGGAUCACAAGAAGUUCUUCCACCCAUGUCUGAUCACAGUAUGAUUAAGUGGGGGAACAAACUCUUAAUCGUUGGAGGGCAUUCAAAAAAAUCUUCUGUUGGCAUGAUAGUGUGGUAUAUUGAUCUUGAAACCAACGUCUGCGGUGUCAUGGAGACCUCCGGAAAAGUUCCAGCUUCUCGUGGGGGUCAUUCUGUGACAUUGGUUGGUUCUAGACUAGUUAUCUUCGGUGGAGAAGACAGGAGCAGGAAAUUACUAAAUGAUGUCUAUGUUCUUGAUUUGGAGACAAUGACUUGGGACACGGUGGAGACUACGCAGACACCCCCAGCUCCCAGAUAUGAUCACACUGCAGCUGUACAUGCAGAGCGAUACCUUUUAGUAUUUGGUGGGUGUUCCCAUUCAAUAUUCUUCAGUGAUCUUCAUGUACUGGACUUGCAAACUAAUGAAUGGUCUCAACCAGAAGUACAGGGUGAUUUGGUAACUGCCAGGGCAGGUCAUACUGGUAUAGCAGUUGAUGAUGACUGGUUUAUCGUUGGUGGUGGAGAUAACCGCAACGGUUGCCCAGAAACCAUUGUGCUGGAUAUGUCUAAGCUGGCUUGGAAGGUCUUGACAAAUGUGAAGGAAAGAGAUCCACUUGCUAGUGAGGGCCUCAGUGUAAGCACAGCAGUCUUUGAUGGAGUGAAGCAUCUGAUUGCAUUUGGUGGCUACAAUGGGAAAUAUAAUAAUGAGGUAUUCUUUUUGCAACUCAGACCAAGAGACAUUUCACUCCCGAAGAUAUUUAAGUCACCAGCAGCAGCAGCAGCUGCUGCUUCUGUGACUGCUGCUUAUGCCUUGGCCAAAUCUGAAAAGUUGGAAUUCCCUCAAUCAUUAAUCUUGAACUCUAAUGGAAACGGGAGCAAUCUUUCUGAACAAGAUGUUACAGUUGAUAUUGACGCAAUCAAAGAAGAGAAAAGAGUUUUGGAAUUGUCUCUAGCAGAAGCCAGAGAUGAAAAUUCCAGGCUCAGAGAAAAGGUUGAUGAAGUUAACAGUACUCAUGGUGAAUUGUCCAAGGAACUCCAAUCUGUCCAAGGUCAACUGGUAACCGAGAGAUCAAGAUGCUUUAAAUUGGAGGCACAAAUUGCCGAGCUACAGAAGAUGCUGGAAUCGUUGCAGACCAUAGAAAAUGAAGUGCAAAUACAUAGGAGACAAAAGUCUGCAUUGGAACAGGAGAUGGAACAAGCUACGGCUGUCGAGAGGCAAAGUUCAGGUGGUGUUUGGCGAUGGAUUGCUGGCAGCCAAUAGAAAUCAACCCCGAAUUCAAACAUCAGACUGUCUGCAUGCGUGAACUUACACAUCCACUGGAAUAUAUAUGAUUAUAAGCUUUGGGAGACUUCACAGCUGUCUUUUCUAUUUAUUAUUGGGGCACAACUCUGAAAUUGUAUGCCAACUUUUGAUCCCGGUAGGAGUUUUUUUUAAAGAUUAGUUUAAAUGGAUAGAAAUAUGAUU